GCUUAAUUAAUUUGCUGAAAUACUCUCAUUAUUAUUAUUAUUAAGUCUUUCAAAUUCAAAAAUUAUAAUGUCUGGUUGUGGUUCUAACUGUGGUUGCGGUUCUAGCUGCAGUUGCGGCAACGGUGGAGGGUGCAGCAUGUACCCUGAUUUGGAGAAGUCCACUACCUUUACCAUCAUCGAAGGAGUUGCACCUAUGAACAACAAGAGAAUGGUUGAAGGAUCAAUUGAGAAAGCAACAGAAGGAGGAAAUGGGUGCAAGUGUGGAUCAAGCUGCAACUGUGACCCUUGCAACUGUUGAAGUUCUACUAUAGUCUAUAUAUACAGUGCUUCAACUAUAUGGAUAUGAAAAAAAUUGUUUUUAUGUAUUUAUUAUCAAGUGUGUUAUGUAACAUUGUGUUGUAAAAGCUUUGUAUAAUAAUUUGAAUAAGACUAUAGCCAUGUAAUUAAUAGUGUGGGAUGCUACUAUACUAUACUCUCAUGGCUUUUGUGUUUUGGUUAUUUAA